AUGGCUGACAAGAACGCUGUUGACGAAAGUGAUUUGUUACAUGGAAAUUGUGAAGUAUGUGAAUCAGAAGAAGAAGUUAAAUGGUACUGCACCGAUUGUCUGGAACGACUUUGUGACAAGUGUAGGACAUAUCAUCUUAAAAACACCAAAUUACAAAACGACAACAUAAUAUCAAUCGUUGACGCUAGGGAAAACAUCGAGGUCAUAAACAGGAACGAUCAUAACAAAUGUGUCAGACAUGGGGGCAAACAACUCGAUUUUUAUUGCGAAACGUGUGAUGAAUAUAUAUGUCAAGACUGUUUGUCUGAAACUCACCGAAUUCAUCAAUGGGACACAAAAGAACACAGCCUUAAAUUGUUAAAGUCUGCAUUAAGUGAUUGUGUGCAGAUUUUCAAUCAGAAACUUGCGAAAUAUCGUGACGUGGAGGAGAAGGAUAAAACAAUGCACACUUUCAUCAUCAAACGAUUAGCAGAGUGUAAAAAGAGUAUUACUGAUGCUGCAGCCAUGAUCUGUGAAGAAACCAUGAAUCUCAGAGAUGAGUAUCUUCACGAAAUAGACUCUGUAGAAUCAAGAGAAAUGUCCCGUUAUCAUGCCAAACACGACAAAUAUGCACAUGAAACUCAGGAUUUGAAAACGUCUAUUCAUGGAAUAGAAACAGAAGUAAGACUUAACAAUAUUUUUCAUCUUCAUGUUCUUUCAAAGGAAAUGAAGAUAAAGUCUUUGGAUUUUCAAACACCAGAAGAAUACAGAAUGCUACCCCCGUCGUUUGAAAAGAUGUCGUUUCAUAAACCAAAAUUAGUUGCUUUGUUCGGAGUUUUAAAAUCGCCAGAAGAUAUCAACAUGUUUAACGAUUUAUCACUGAACCUGAAAGUAACACACAUUCAAACUAAUACACGAAGAAAGAUCAUUGCCCUUUGCCCUCUUGACGACGGAUCGACAUGGCUGUCCUACAGCGGCAGUAGCGACGACGCUGACGGAACCAAACACAAUAACGGCGACAGACAACUCGUUCUUAUAGAUAAAGACCUAUACGAAAAAGCCAGAUCUUGUCAAAUUGAUCGAGAAGUUGUCAACAUGGCAUUGUUUAAAUCUAAAGAAAUCCUUAUCACUUGUUUCAUGGACACCCGCAUUAGAAAACUGUCCUGCAACGGUAAGAAAUUGUCGAAUUUUGCAGACCUGUCUCCGAACUAUGCCAGAAGUGUUUGUGUGCAAGAAGGAGAUGGUGAUGUUAUAGUCUGUGGUAAUGCCCCUACUUCGUCUGGAUUGGUAGAAAAGAGCAAGAACGUGGUUGUGAGGCUAUCAGCAGCAGGUAGCUUACUCCAAGAAAUACGGUUAGAUGAUCAUGACCCGGAAGUGUUUCAGCUCCCUUACAGGGUCACCGCCUUUUCAACUGGUGAAAUUGUGGUCGUGGACAGAGCCCCUAAUGACCAUCGUAUAGUGUGUGUCGACAAAAAAGGUAGAUACAUGUACACGUGGAGGGGAGAGGGAGUUGGUGACACCGACUCGUUAGAUGUCACAUCUGUCGAAAACAAGAAAGUGUGUCUUAUAGUCGACGAGUCUUUCAACAAAAUAUACGCCCUGUCAAAAGAUGGAAAUAGAGCAAAGGUGCUACUGGACAAAAAGAGAAGAGCGAUGGGACCACGUUGCAUAGCAACAGACCAUCAAGGAAGGGUGUGGGUCGGAUGUGACAAAGGUCUCAUUAUUCGAGGGGAGAUACACACACCAUUCCAGCGAAGUGGCAGCAACAGAAGUGCUCAUUAUUCAGUGUGAAUGAAACGAAUUGCUGGUACAAUUCGAACGAGAGUUUGUCCGUAAGGAUUCGACGAUGAUUCAUGGCAUUGUUGUGUAUCAAACCAGUCGUAUGUAGCAAUCAAGCCUCAGAAAUUUGAAACAAACUUGAUUUGAAAUCAGUAGUUAAUGAAAU